GCGGGUGGGACGCGCCCAGGUUGUUGCUGCUGCUGCUGCCGGGACGCGGUGGGAGCGGCGGCGGCGAGCGAGGCGGACCCGGCCCGGCCAUGGACGAGCAAGCGGGGCCCGGCGUCUUCUUCAGCAACAAUAACAAUAACAACGCCCUCCUGCUGCCGCCGCCGGCGGGCGGACCGGGGCUGGAGCCGGGCGAGGCGGCGGCAGCGGCGGCCGCGGCGGCGGCGGCAGGAGGAGGCGGCGGAGGAGGGGGAGUCUCAGCCUCCGGAGCCGCCGCGCCGCUCUCGGCGUCCCGGGCUCAAUACAGCGUGCCGGGCAUCCUGCAUUUCCUGCAGCACGAGUGGGGCCGCUUCGAGGCGGAGCGCGCCGAGUGGGAGGCGGAGCGGGCGGAGCUGCAGGCCCAGAUUGCCUUUCUUCAAGGUGAAAGGAAAGGACAGGAAAAUCUGAAGAAGGAUCUAGUGCGAAGAAUCAAAAUGCUGGAAUAUGCGCUCAAACAGGAAAGGGCUAAAUACCACAAAUUAAAAUAUGGCACAGAAUUGAAUCAGGGAGAUAUGAAGCCACCAAACUAUGAUUCUGACGAAGGGAAUGAGACAGAGAUUCAGCCACAGCAGAACAGCCAGCUAAUUUGGAAACAAGGACGACAGCUGUUAAGACAGUAUCUACAAGAGGUGGGCUACACUGACACUGUAUUGGAUGUGAAAUCAAAACGAGUGCGAGCUUUAUUGGGCCUCUCAAGUGAUGUUUCAGAUAAAGAAAACAGAAAUCAAGAACCAAUGGUAAAUGGCACAGAGGGCCAGAUUAAAGAAAAUGCAAUGAUGGGGAAACCUGAAUUGACUGACUCUGCCUCUCUGCUAGAGACCUUCAAGUUUCUUGAAAAUGCAGCUGCAGACUUUAGUGAUGAGGAAGAUGAAGAAGAUAUUGAAGGAAGAGAGAAAACUGUCAUUGAUACCGCAACAAUUGUAAGGAAAAGAGUGCUGUCUGACAGCAGUGAAGACAGAGAUACAGAAGAAGCUUUGAAAGAGUUUGACUUUUUGGUUACCUCAGAUGAUGGUGAUGGGGAAUCGAGAAGUUCAGGAGAUGGAACAGACUGGGAAAAGGAAGACCAGUGUCUCAUGCCUGAAGCCUGGAAUGUCGACCAGGGAGUUAUAACCAAACUCAAGGAACAAUACAAAAAGGAGCGCAAGGGGAAAAAGGGGGUGAAGAGAAAAACUACCGAAGAUAUGUUUCAGCCUCAAUCCUAUAUAAAACAGUCAAAACAGGGAUGUGGGAAAAUGAUGGAGCAAAGCACAGGGCCCAACAGGUCAAAGCUGCAAGAUAUGCUUGCAAACCUGAGAGAUGUUGAUGAUCUCCCUUCUUUACAGCCAUCUGUUGCACCUUCUUCUAGGCCCAGUAGUUCAAGGCUCAUUGAACAUGAGAUAAACAGGACGGAUGAAGUGGAAGCUUUAACAUUCCCACCAUCCUCAGGGAAAUCUUUCAUUAUGGGAACAGAUGAAGCCCUUGAAAAUGAGCUGGGUCUUGGAGAACUGGCAGGCCUUACUGUAGCAAAUGAGGCAGACUCACUGACUUAUGAUAUAGCCAACAAUAAGGAUGCAUUGAGAAAGACUUGGAACCCCAAGUUUACGUUAAGAAGUCACUUUGAUGGAAUAAGAGGUCUCGCUUUUCAUCCAGUUGAACCAGUCUUAAUAACAGCUUCAGAGGACCAUACAUUAAAAAUGUGGAAUUUACAAAAAACAGCCCCAGCAAAAAAGAGUGCUUCUCUUGAUGUAGAGCCAAUAUAUACCUUCCGAGCACAUAAUGGACCUGUGCUCUGUGUGGUGAUGAGCAGUAAUGGUGAACAAUGCUACAGUGGGGGAACAGAUGGCCUCAUCCAUGGCUGGAACACAACCAACCCUAACAUUGAUCCCUAUGAUUCUUAUGAUCCUUCUGUUCUAAGAGGUGCUUUUGUAGGCCAUACUGAUGCGGUGUGGGGUCUGGUUUACAGUGGAGCUCACCAGCGUUUGCUGUCCUGUUCAGCAGACGGCACGAUACGUUUGUGGAAAGCUACAGAAAUUGCUCCAGCUCUCAAUAUAUUUAAUGAUAAUCAAGAAAUGGGAAUCCCUUCAUCAGUAGACCUUGUGAGCAGUGACCCAAGCCUCAUGGUAGCAUCAUUUAACAGUGGACACACUAGCAUUUUUAACAUGGAGACACGGCAACGAAUUCUUACCCUGGAGUCCAGUGUGGAUACUACAGUCAGUUCUUCCUGUCAGAUAAACAGAGUCAUCAGCCAUCCAACUCUUCCAAUUAGUAUCACUGCUCAUGAAGACAGACACAUCAAAUUCUACGACAACAACACAGGAAAACUGAUCCACUCCAUGGUAGCUCACUUAGAUGCAGUUACAAGUUUAGCUGUUGAUCCUAAUGGCUUGUAUUUGAUGUCUGGCAGUCACGACUGCUCGAUUCGCUUGUGGAAUCUUGAAAGCAAGACCUGCAUCCAAGAAUUUACUGCCCAUCGCAAAAAAUUUGAUGAGUCCAUUCAUGAUGUGGCUUUCCAUCCAUCCAAAUGUUAUAUUGCCAGUGCAGGAGCAGAUGCCCUGGCUAAAGUGUUUGUAUGACAGAGUGCUUCCAUUCAACUUUAGCUUUGGAUAUAUUUAACCAGCUGCUCAAAAGAGAAGAGGAGGGCAUGAGUUGUUUUAUCUUGCCCUAUAUAAUUCAGAGAAUGUUUGUAAGUGUAGUUUUGCAGGGUGCUGUUUUCUAAAUUGACGUUUGUUUCUGUGAGCUCAGCUGGUGCUGAGAGCUUGGAAUCUCUCAGUUUCAAAUA